AUGGCCUUCGACUUGAAGGUUGAGUGGGAGGGGCCUGAGCAGUAUCAGGCUCUUGUCUCUCGUGCUGCUGCUCUGGGUUUUGCUGCUGUUGCUGCUAAUGUGUACAUACACCUGCCGCCUCCGCGGCAGCAGCAGCAAGCAGCAGCAGCAACAGCAGCAGCAGCAGCAGCAGCAGCACUAGCAAAGGCUGUGAAGCAAGGGCUGCCUUUUCAGCACCCUCUCGCUGUCCCUGCGCCUCUCCGCUCUUCACCCCUACCAGCAGCAGCACCAGUUGCUGCUGCUGCUCCUGCUGCUGCUGCUGCAGAAUCGCAGCAGCAACUGCUGCAGUGGCUGCCGGACACAGUGCCUGCUUUGUAUUCCCAUACCACUCAGCAGCAGCAGCAGCAGCAGCAGCAGCAGCAGUUAGCUCGCGGUUGCGGCCCUCUGAGCAAGAGACAGUGGGUAGAUGUCUUUCCCUAUGCUGCAGCAGCAACAGCAGCAGUGCAGCAGCAAGCAGCAGCAGCAGCAGCAUGCGAGAUUCUGCAGCUGAGACGGGUGACGGUAGUAUUGAGUUGUACAUCUGCUGCUGCUAGCUUCAGCACUCUCUUCCCUAGAGGCCCUCCCUUCUACCCCGCAGCAGCAGCAGCAGCAACAGCAGCAGCAGCAGGCACACCAGCAGCAGCAGCAGCAGAGCGGCGAGGCGCAUGCAUUGAGCUUCUUGCUGUGCAGCCAACCGAUGAAGAGACCUGGUUGUUUGCCUGCAGCAGCUGCGAGUGUGAUAUCAUCUCCAUAGACUUUGCUGCUGCUGCUGCUGCUGCUGCUACGGGCGCUGCUGCUACAGGUGCUGCAGCAGCAGGUCUACCCUUCACCAUACGCAGACGGCAUGUGCUGCAGGCAGCAAGGAGAGGCGUCUUCUUUGAGGUGUCUCUGUCAGAUCUGCUGCAGCCGCAGCAGAAGCGAGGUGCAGCAGCAGUAGCAGCAGCAGCAGCAGCAGCAGAGGAGGAGAGCAGCAGCAGCAGCCAGGCCCUUGCAAACCUGCAACGGCUGCUGCGGUUCGUGCCACCUAAACAGCUGCUGCUGUCUUCCGGUGCAGCAAGGCCGCAGCAGCUGCUGACUCCUCCUGCUGCUGCUGCUGUUGCUGCAGCACUAGGCAUCUGCAGCAACCAUAAAGCAGCAGCAGCUAAUUGCAGCGCAGCAGCAGCAGCAGCCCUUGGUCGCGGUGCUGCUUCUCACGCCCCCGGUGGUGCUGUCACUCAAGGCUGGCCUACUGCUGCAGCAGCAGCAGCAGCAGCAGCAACUGCAGCAGCAGACAGCAGCCUUGCUGCUGCUGCUAUGGCUGGGAAUAUGCCUCCGUCUAUUGUGCAGCAGCUGCAGGCCCUGCGUCAGCUGCUGCUGCAGCAGCAGCAGCACUAA